AUGUCUCUGGCGGCUGAAGCCUUCGUGUCGCAGAUGGCAGCUGCUGAGCCGUGGCCUGAGAGUGCGACCUUGUACCAGCCUCUGAAGGAGGAUCAGAUUCUGCUCUCAGACUGCGCCUCGUCUCUCGCUGUGCAGGCCUACCUCAGGAUGUGUGGUUUACCUGUGCAGGUGGUUUGCAGAGCUAAUGCUGAAUAUAUGUCUCCUUCUGGUAAGAUCCCUUUUAUUCAUGUAGGAAACCAGGUGGUGUCAGAACUUGGGCCAAUAGUACAAUUCACCAAAGCAAAGGGUCAUUCCCUGAGCGACGGGUUGGAUGAUGUUCAAAGAGCUGAAAUGAAAGCGUACAUGGAGCUGGUCAACAACAUGCUGCUUACUGCUGAGUUGUACAUCCAGUGGUGUGACGAUGCUACAGCUGCUGAGAUUUCCCGUCCUAGGUACAGCAGUCCGUACUCGUGGCCGCUGAGUAAUGUCCUGGCCUAUCAGAAGCAGUGGGAGGUUCGGAGGAAGAUGAACGCCAUCGGCUGGGGAGGGAAAACGCUGGAGCAGGUUUAUGAAGAUGUCAGUCAGUGCUGCCAGGCUCUCUCUCAGAGGCUGGGAACACAACCGUUCUUCUUUAAUAAACAGCCCACAGAGCUGGACGCCUUGGUGUUCGGUCACCUGUUCACCAUACUGACGACCCGACUGACCAGCACUGAGCUGGCGGAGCGGAUCAAGAGCUACAGCAACCUGCUGUCGUUCUGCAGACGCAUCGAACAGACCUACUUUGAAAACAAGAGCUCCUGAAGGCCUGAGAAUAACGACUCUGUCUCUUAUCAACUCCUCUUGUACAUUCUCGUCCGCCAUUCCCUCUCUGUAGCACUGAGAAACUAAAAGCUCAAUAUAUUCACAUAUUGUACAGAUACGUGUCCCCUCUUGAUUCUCCCCGUUAAUAUUCCUGCUUGUACAUUGUAGCACGAUGCUGGUUUGAGAUCAGAGGAGUUGGAUUAAGAUGCGUCAACUGCACAAAUAAACGACUCAGACCCAGAAAUCACCGUAAAGAAGAUUUGCUGUCGGAUUUGAAUGAUCAACUGGGUCGAAUAAAAAUAUUGAUGAUGAGAAUGAACUCUUAAGAUUAAAGGCCAGUGUUUAAACGUCAGGCACUUCACUACAGCAGGUAGGAAACGUCUUGAAACUUAUUUAUUUACACUUUGCUUUUCCAUCUUUUCCACUCGGUUCUACAAGAAUAGGUCCGAGGUUGGUUUGUAUUUUACACGGCUGCGGUUCAGACAGCGGGAUUCCACAUGAACUUAUUCUUUUCCCGUGGAACUUGAGAAGCUUGUGAGAAAUGUGAAACAGUCUCGAGGUGAAUGAGAAAUACAGAUCAAAUGCAGUUUCAUUUCUCCUGUACAAAAAACAAACACGUGAACAUAAUGAUGAAGAGGAUGUGAUUUAUAUCUUAGUUUUUCAACUUUUGUGUGAAUGGAAAGUGCCUCCAAAAUAAAAGUCAUUCAACUCAACACAUUGUGGUUUUU